CUGUUUGUCUGUAUUUGACCAUUAGUCGAUUGUGCCUGGUGAUCCUCUUGACAAGUCAUUUGUUCUCCCGCCCAUAGAACCAGCUCCUCUUCAUCAUCUUGCUCGAAAAUUCAUGGUGAAAACUCGAAGACGGAAAUGAAGACGUGAGCAUCAACCAAUUUUUCGAUGACCCUAUGUUGUUGGAGCUUGCCCGGCAAGAUACCGAUUUGCAGCAAAUUUUCUGACAUUUCUGCUCUUUUAUCCCCUGUUCUCCUCAAGAAUUAUGGGCUGCGGACGUUGUGAUCUUAUCAUGACAGAUCUGUACUCAUCUAGUAGUGAGGUUGUUGAAAAUAGGAUCCAAUACGAAGAAUGCUCUCCCGGAGAGCUCGUAUAUUAAAUUUUAGUUGACACAAGCAAUCCAAUGAAAACGUUUCAGCAAAACAUCAAGUUCCAUAUGCAUGACUCUCGGCUUACGAAUGUUUGAUUCGGCUCGGAAGAUUGGAUUCCUCAACCGAAGAUCAACGAGUUAUUGCGAAGCACGUCCGCCCAGAGCGAACUUUCAUGAAAAUGAGAAAUGACUCUGGUACACAGCAACUUUCUUCAAUGCUCAAAGUGGUGUAGAGAUAGCGUAGGUUGCACGCAGACGUGGAUAGAUCCAAGAUUUGCAUCGGCUAUGAAGUGGUUGUAGAUAAAACCAGAUAAUACAAUCAUUAGUGCGUGGAAACUUUCAGGCGUCCGGUUGUGAAAAAAUCUUGGACUAAAAGAAUGUACAGGUAUUCCAUUUUCAUUCCAGAGCACAGGACGAGACCCAAUGUCUUCCGCUCAUCGAGAUCGCACUCUUCUUACAUCGUUUCAUUCAUUCAACUUAACCGAUACAGUGAGACGCAGAGCUGGUGCCUCGCUCUGUCAGUCAGCAGCUCCGGUGCAGUCAAUCAUCUUCGCCAUGAACGGGUCGGCAUUUCCACAUGGCUCAGGGUUCUCCCAAAAGCUUGACAUUCUGGGCGUGACCAGAGGAGAUUCAAACUUCAAGGUCCUUCGCAUGGCCGUUCCGGGGUUUAGCCUCCAACCAUGAGAGAAAUGUCAGAUUAUUCAGAUGCCUGCCGAUGGAGAGAGGGAGGAGCUGCAACUCCUCUACAUCGAGAAGGUGAGGGUGCUGUAGAUGCAGAUGCACGUGAACCACAGUCACCUGCGGAUAUUGGGCUUCAAGCCACGUUGGUGUUGCUCGAGGAAAUCAAGCAGGGUGGCGUUGUGGAUUAUACGCAUCAAGUGCUGAGCAUUUCUUCCAGUAAGUGUUCCAUCUCUCUAAAGUUGCAGCCAUUGUUUCUAGCAGCUAACCGAUUUCACUCUACUCAGAGCUGCUUCAGUGCAGAGAUUUCAGUGGGAUGUCAGCUGAUUAACAGUUAUCGAAGUACAUUUGACCUACUCCGAUUGCUCCGUCGGUAAAUCUAAAGUCUAUAAAAGAAGAUGAGUCGCACUCGAUUUCUCAUCUGUGACCGAGGUGCCGUUGUCAAUAUAUUCAGGCUGCCCUUGAAAGCAGCUAUUCAGCGGGGGCAGUCUUCUCAGAACCACAACCUUUUCACGUUUGGGUUUCGCUCUUGCUGACUUCACAAGUCGCUUCUCCUCGGAUGCUUUUGGCUUCUACGUCAUCGUGUGCUAUUUUCAAGUCAAGACGG